UGUUCUUUUUUGAGGAUUUAUGGAUCUCUGGAAAACCCGUCGAGGAGACUUAGGAUAAAGCUACGAUCUUGAUCAUUAGACUACUUAGAGUAGAUCUAGAAGUAUCAUUUGGGGUGCUUCCAGUACUAAGGCUAAUGUAUAGCCCCAUGGUGCAUUAGCCAAGCAAGACCUAGCUAUAUAUUUAUUUGGAUUCAGGAUUGAAAGGAGGACAUUCAUAUGUGUUUGAUAUAAGUACAGACAUUGUCAUGGAAACGGACACAAAAAUUAAAAAAGAAAAAGAACUGAUCAAGACGCUGACAUUGCUGAAUUAUGAAGGAACACAGACACUCUAUAAAAAGAUUCCAUUUUUUUUUCGGAGCAGGAUGUCACAUCUGAUAGAAGACAUUAACUGGGAAGACAUAAAAAAUGGCUGUGAAAGAAAUCACCCUAAUGCAUACAUAGAAGCUACCACUGCAUUCAAUACAAUUCGGGCAGAAAUUGUAAAGUACUUAGACAUUGGAAAACUGUGUCAUAAAGAUGUUGGUACAGACAACUUGAUGUUGAUGAAGACUGAUCUUAAUUCUAUUCUAAACAACUAUGGUUCCGAUCCUGUUAGUUUUGUCAUUGCUAUGGCUGAAUGCAUACGAAAAGAAGAGGAGUUAAUUGCCAACUAUGAGUAUGAAGAUGAGACCUUAACUGAUUUGCUACAGAUAAGAACUAUUGAGCCAACAAUGAAUGUUAUUGUUGAUACUGAAAUGGAAGAGCAUGGAAGCAACACUCCUCAAAGGGAACAAGAAGCAGAGAUACUCUCAGAUGACACAGCUUCCAUUAGAGAUCUGAUAGAUAUUUUAAAGGAGUCCAUUGGAGAGGAAAGUAGAGCUAGUCAAGAAGAGACCCAGAUUCAAAUUUUGGGCUACUUUGAGUUACUGAUUUCGGCCAUGAAUGAUUAUCUGCCUCAACUGAAAACUAAAGUUGAUGAGUGGAGAAAGUCAGAGGCUCGAGCAAGUGUUGAAGUGGAGAAGUUCAGCAAAUUGUCCAAGGUUGAGAAAAGUUUCAAUGACUUUAGUGCACUACUUAGUGAUGUUCUGAAUUGGUUUGAACCAGGAAAGGCUCUGCACAGUUUUCGGCUUAAGAAAAUAUUAGAAACAGCUUCCAUUCAGCAAAGAUUAAAUACAAUUUUACGGGCUCUUUUUCAAUGCAACUGCAUUGUGUACAAACAGCCCAAAGAUUUGUUAAGCAUUGAAAAUGUUGGAACUGCUGCAGCUAGUAAAAAAAACAAGGAGGAUAAGACCAAAGUGAAACAGUACCGUACCAAGAAGAAAAACAAUUUUGAAACUGGAGUCAAAUUCCUUGGUGGAAAAUAUUUUGAACUACAAGUAGACAAAAGCAAAGCCCUACUGUACUUGGUGGCUGAAAAGGAUCUGGCAGAAGGUGUUGAUGGCAAUAGAGAUGCUCUUGGAUACAAUGUGGACCUCAUUACUGAUCAAGAUGAUCCAGGUGUCUUGUUUAAAGAAGUGUCCAUCACUUGUUUCUCCAGGGUCGAGACAAACAUGGUCUACAAACAGUUCUUCAGACUUAAAUACACUCUGCCAUUCACUGUCAAUGGAUUUUCUUUUGAUGUGACGACAUUAUCUCUGCCAUUUCUUUUCAACACUGGAUCCAAUCAACUUUUGGAGCUCAUUGGGGGUAGGAUGUGGUAUUGUGCCAACUUUGAUUUAUACAAUGGAAAGUUUGUUUGUGAGGACAACCUUGAUGUGGAUAUUGUUCUCCAAAUGUUAAAUGACAGAGUUGCUAACUUGAAUCCACAAUGUCCCAGAAUUUUGCAGAAAGAUGAAUUGGAAUUCCUUAAAUCAAGAUUACCAAACUCUAACAGUGGCAGGAUCACAAUGCAUGGAUUUAUAAAGGGUAAGAUCAAGAAGACAAGAAAUGAAGGGGAAUUAGAUUUCUCAUUCCACACCUGGUUUUAUGCAGUUUUGAACAGUAUCAAGUCACCACACUUACUGAAGCCUUGGAGUGAUGGGAUCAUUUAUGGUUUUUGUAGUGAGACAAUGGCCAAACAGGUCCUGGCCACUCAGCCUAGUGGGACAUUUCUAAUCAGACCGAGCAUCUCCCAGAACAUAACUGCUAUGAGCUCUCGUGAUGCAUGCGCUGACAUGACUUUAGACAUUAAAUUAAAGAAAGAUAACCCUGAUCCAAUGGAAGAUCCAUGUAUUGUCCAGUCUGUACCAUUGUUUAUGACCAGUGUGACCAAAUACACAUUGUUUGGGGCCAUUGCCGGCAUCAAACAGGGCACCCAAUCAGUAGCUAUAAACUGCUGGACCAGAAAAGGUCGACUAAACAUUAGUCACUUGAGGAAGUAUAAACCAGCCAAACCUGAGGAUGAAUCAAAGACAAAAUUUGUGAUUGAUGACUACAAGCUUGUCAUGACAAAAACAGAACAGCUAAAAAUAGAACCAAGAAAAGAUCAUGAUUCUGAGUCAGCCAAAGUAGAAGAAGCCGAGGCCCCCCUACGUAAAAGACCUCAUCCUAACAGUGUAACUAACAGCGUUUCUGCUCCAUGUGUCCAGCUUUUUCAGCCUCCACAGAUUGCCACACAGUUAAACCCCAUCAACAUUAACAACCAGACCUUAUCUGGAAGUCAACCUUACACUUUGUUCCACAAUUCUACUGCUCCAGUUAACGGUCAGCCUGCUUUUUUUGAUGAUAAAACAAAUCAAAUGCAGCAACUGGCUGGAAAUUCUGUAAUUGAGGUGGACAUAAGCCAGAUCAAUAGACUAUUGCAAGAAGCAACAGAAUUUAACCCUACAGAUUUAGUUUAUUUUACACAGGAUACACAAAAUCAAGCCCUAAAUGAAGAUUUAUUUUUAUCAGGGACAGAACACUCCCAGAAUGAAACACUGAACUUCUUAAAUUCCGAGUCCAUGAUUCCCAAUAGUGGUCCUCCCCAAAGAAUCAUGAGAACUGAUUCCAACUUCUCCUACAGCAACUCCAACUUUUCUGAUAACUCUCCGCCAGGAUCUCAUGGCUCUUUCUACAGUCUUGCUGAUUCUGGCAUUGACAGAGAUCAUUCAGAUCAUUCUCCUUCUCCAUCCCAAUGAAACAGAGAUUGUCCAGAAUGUUUUAGAUCUAGCUGAGAUCUUGCUAAUAAUGUUAACUCAAGAGUUCUGAUAAAAAUGAUUUGUAUUUUUAUAUUAUAGAUUUUUGUUUCUUCUUGUAUCCCCAUUGGAAACAUCUUUCUAAAAUUAUUUUCAAAAGUGAAAAUCUAUUUGAACUAAAAAUUUAGGAAUCUGAUUGAAAUUAAAAAUCAAGGAAUAUGAAGUCUGAUGUUAGUAUAUUUUUUUAAAAUCAAAUAUUGUUAUACAAAAACUUUGGAAUGUAUUAAUUCUUGAAUUUGUUUGCCAUCUCACAGAUACAUUUAUUGACACAUUUUACAUUUAUAAAAUGAAUCAUAUUUCAUUUCCUUACUGUUCUGUAUUUACAUGUUUAUAGUUAUUAUUCAUAAGUUCAGGUUUGUAUUUCAAAGGCUUGGGUAUGACGAUAUAUUUCUACAUAUAAAUUGGUUAAGUAGUGAAUAGUGUAUAUUUAAUUCUGAAAUAUUUAAUACACUUUUUUCUGUCUAGAUAAUUCCAUAACUAUUUAUGGAACUCAAAUGUUUUGUCUUAUGAUAAAAAAUAAAUGACCUGUUUUGUUCCAUGUUUAAAAUGAAUAUGUUUUGAGACAUAUCAGGUCUGCCAUUGUACAUUAAUUGAACUUAACCCUGUAUUUCAAAAGCAUUCAUUGCAUUAGUAAGACCUGGAUAUUUUACUCUAGCUUUAUUUGAUGUGGGAGAUUGUAAAGACAUCUGAGCAAAGCUUAUCUAAUGACCUGCUGAAGGUACACAAAAGUAAAUGAAAGAAUCAUUAUGAAUUGAUUCUCCAUCUCCUAUCUUAUUGAUCUUGGAUUGGUUUAUUAAUUAGACUCAUCCCCCCCCCCCACUAGAAUAAACACUAGUGUUCAUUGUAUUCUAAAGUCUAUGCUGUAUAUGAUUUGACUUGCCUCUCAGUUUGUUCCCUUCAGUAACAUUUGAUUUGUGUGCCAUCAUUUUUUUCUUUAUGUUUUAUUUUUUAAUUAAAUUAUUUGUUCAAUGUAUGCUCUUUACAUAAUUAUAAAUAUUUUUUUUUUAUAGCAUCAUCAAAUGUGAUGAAAUAUGCAGCUCCCAACUUGGUCUACUUAUGAAAUUGCUAUAAUUCUUAAUUUUUCUAAUUUUUUGACUAGGCCUAAAGUUAAAUAACAUUCUUUUCUUUGGUGGGAAAGGUUGAGAUGAAGUUAUGCUCUUAGGUUUAUUUGAUUCAUUGUUGAUACAUUACAAUACUCUGAUGAAUUACAAGUUAUCUGUAUUCAGUGCUUUAUGUUUUUGCAUUUUAUGAUGUUACAUUGCAAAUUUUCAAAUGUUUUAGUAUAUUUUAUUCUUUUUGACUGUUGUAUAAUUAGAAAAAUCCAGAUUAUUGCCUUUGAAUGUUUGAAAUUGAUGUUAUGUGUUUUAAAUGUGAGAGUUGAGACAUGUUUAGACUAAUUUAAACCUCAAUGGUCUACAAAACUUGUUUGAUUUUGUUUAGAAUCAUGCAUUCAGUUCUUUUAGGAAAAUUGAGUGGCAUAUAAAAAAUUCUGUUCUGGUUUGUAGUCUUUUUUUUUUUUCAUUCAGCUUUGCAGACUCUCAAUAUGCUGCCAUUUAAUGUAAAGAUAUUGCCAUGGUUUUUAUUUGAAUUGUUCUAGCUAAAUAUUUCUAAAACUUAGCUAUUGUAAAAUCUUGACAAUAUGGACUGAUUUUUGAUAUAGUGCUUGAAUGUGUAUGCUCCCUUUAAUAUGUUGAUUAGAGUUGUUUCCAAGUAUGUUAUUGCUUUCCUUUAAUCCGGUGUCUUUUUUAUUAAACCAGUGAACUAAGUGUUUAUAUCAAGCAGAGAAAUGAUAUCCUAUAAUGCUAUCAUUAAAAUAUUGCUUUAGUUUUUGCUGAUACCUAAUAUAUUGCUUACAAAGGUGAAAUGGUGAAAACUACACUAGAAAAAAACAACUUCUUAUGCUUUACCUUUUGAGAUGUCUUUAUUUCCCAUUAAUAGCUAACUAUCUUUUAUAUUGUAGAUUUAGUCCAAUACUGUUAUAUUAGCUCAAAUGAUUGAUCCUACUUUUGAAAUGAGGCAGAAUAAACAAGACUUGCUAGUACUGAAUCCAGAUUUUGGUUUUUAGAAGUUUUUAAAAAACUGUAAUAGCUGUAGUAUUUACUGUUUUAACCCAAUAAUGCAUAUUGUGAUAGGACGUGGUAUCUAUGCAGUAGAAUGCGUUUGGGUGCUAUUAUUACUUUUUAAAACUUCUCUAUUAGAAGAGCUCAAAUCUCAUUCAGAACGAGCAUGGAGACCUUUUUUUUAACUGAAAAUCAGAUAUUUUAAGCUAUUUUAGUAAUUUGUAAUUUUUGAAAUGCAGUGGUGUCAAUGCUGCAGUGUACAAGGCCUACCCUAAUAAUUGCAUUUUUUUUAAACUUCUUUUUAUUUUAAAGAUAUUAAAAGUAUAUAUCAUUUAACACUAGACAUAUUUUUAAAAAUGUUUGUUAAUUUUUAAUUUUUUUUUCAAAUUCAGAGUUAUCUUUCUUUUGUAAGAUAAUAGAGUUUUUUUUAAACUGGAACUAGGCACUAUUGAGUUAAGCAAGCCUUAGGUUGAAAUGUUACUGUAAAGAUAAAAACUACUUUUUGUAGUAAAUUUACUGGGAUUCUUCUAGACAUUUGAAGCAUGUUAUUUUCCAUGCAAUUUGAAGGGAUAAAAUAAAGAUAUUGAAUCUGUUGGCUAAAGAAGUUAUGUUUCUAAAAAAAAAGUUUAGAUAUUGUCCAGAUCUGGGUUUUUAUCUCAUACUUCAAACAAUAAAUGAGCUGUUGAAAUAUAAUACUUUUUUUUUUUUAAAGAGAACUGAAUGAAUCUUUACUAAAAAAUAUUUGUUAAACAUGAGUAUAUUUUUAUUUUAUCAACUUUUAAUGUAAUUAAAUCUAUUUUUAAUUAUUUUAGAUGUACUUAGAAUCCUUAUCAAUUACAAAAAUAAAAUUUGGAAUAGUUUUGUUACAGUAAAAUGUUUUACCAUAGAA